AUGUCGCUAGCAAUGGCUCUGGAAGCUCUGUCGUCUGUCGAUUUAUCCUACACAUGGCUCUCCGUCGCCAUCCUCGUCAUAACACCGCUUAUCUUUCUCAUCCAUGACUACUCGCUAUACCUCCGAAUGCCACCGGGUCCGCGGCCCCUUCCAUUCAUAGGCAAUAACCACCAACUUCCCCAGUCGCAGCCAUGGCUUCAAUUCGAGAAAUGGUCCAAGAUAUACGGUCCCAUAUUCACCAUUUGGAUCGGUCGGCUACCAACUGUGGUGAUCAGUGAUCCCGUCGUCGCGGCUGAGUUGAUGGAAAAGCGCAGCAACAAAUACUCUUCGCGUCCACGUAUGGUCGCCAUGGGCGAGCUGCUCUGGGAUGGUGGCAGCGUACUCGUGCAGCCCUACGGAAAGGAAUGGAGCGUGAGGAGGAAACUACUGCACUAUGCCCUGACACCCAAGGCACUGCGGCUGUAUAAGCCCAUCCAGGAGGCCGAGGCAUCACGGCUAUGCUACCAGCUGCUAUCUGCCCCGGAGGACUACGAGAAGUUGCUCGAACGCUUUACGUCAAGCAUCGUAUUCUCUGUAUCAUACGGGCAUCGAAUCGACAGCCUGGAUGCCGAAGUGAUCCGUCAGCGCUUCGAAUUCAUGCACUACUCGAGCAGUCUCAAUGUGCCUGGAAAAUACCUUGUCGAGAGCUUUCCCGUACUGAAGUACGUGCCGAACGUAUUCGCGCCCUGGAAAGCAGACAUUCAGCACCACGGCAGGAGAGAAGCAGCCGCCAACAUGGCUCUCGUUGACGUCGUGAAGGGUGAUAUUGCACAAGCUAAGGCCAAAGGCGCUCCCGACAGCGUCCCCGACUCUCUCUGCAAGCUUCUCCUCGAGCUCCGCUCUUCCCAAUCUAUCCCGCUUUCGGACCGCGACUUCUCUUUCGUGCCAGCCUCGCUUUUUGGUGCCGGCGCCGACACUACAGCCUCGACGCUCUGUACCGCCUUCCUUGCGUUCGUGACGCACCCUGAGGCUCUACGCGCCGCUCAAGCUGAAGUCGAUGCCGUCAUUGGAUCCACGCGCUCGCCGACUUUCGCCGACGAGCCCAAUCUGCCGUAUAUCCGUGCGCUUGUCAAGGAGGUCCUGAGAUGGCGCCCCGUCGCUGUGCUUGGCGGCACACCGCAUUCGAGCACCGAAGACGACAUCUAUGGCGGGUAUCUGAUUCCAAAGGGAACGACUGUCCUGGGAAAUUUAUGGGCCAUCAACCUCAACGAGCUGUAUUACCCCAACUCGCAUGUCUUCGACCCCCGGCGUUUCCUUGAUCCGGUGUCAGAGAAACAGCCCUUGGAAGGAGGGAUGCGCGGGAAGACGCAUCCCGCCAAAGCAGGCCAUUCGAGCUUUGGCUGGGGACGGCGCAUCUGUCCUGGCGCGGACCUUGCGGCAAACAGUCUGUUUGUGGCACUUGCGAAGCUGGUGUGGGGGUUCCAGAUCGCAGGUAUCGAGGGCAAGGAGUACGACACCUUUGCGUAUACCGACGGUUUCAACAUCAGGCCGGAAAAGUUUGAGUGUGUCAUCCAAGUUAGAAGCGAAGAGCGGAAAGAGGUGAUUGAUCAGGAGGACCGGGAGGCGGAAGUUUUCCUGGAAAGAUUUACAGCUCUCGAAUAG